CAGUAUCCAAGGUGUUGGUGUUGAGUGUUAAAGCUCAGAUCAGCCGUGGCAGCCGUCCGCUUCGGACCUGUUCACCGACGCUCCUUAGAGAAAGGAACAACAUUAGUGCUUUUCGCAAGACCCGCAAAUAUUCACCAAGAUGAGGAUUCUUCCCCUGUUCGUUCUUUUAGUUUGCUUUGCAUGGCAGACGUCGGCACGUCCACAAGACGAUUCUGAAUCCCGGGCAAUCCCAUCCAGGGGUUUGCUCAAACGAGGCUUAGUAGGAAAAGGGAAACCCACAACAUCCACUACAACAGCUGCGCCAGAGGAGGAAGGCGAUUAUGACGAGGAAGGUGACUACCCAGCAGAAGCAGAAGCUAACGAGCCAUCUACAGAAGCACCCCCAUCUUCCACAGAGGGUAAAAAGCUCGUUGCAGGAGGAGUGAGGCCAUUCCGAAGCAACACUGACCUUCUAGCAGCCUUAAAAAGGCGGCGAGCACAGGCCGCGGAAGCCAAAUUGGGUCACUCAGUACCCGCCGCCAGCCAAUCACAGGAUGACCAAACUGAAGCAUCAGUAAAAGCUAACUUCAGUAAAAAGCGUUUGAACACAGGGACUCGCGAAACAAAAACAGAAGAUGCACCAGCGCCUGCUAAGCCCAGCAGAAGCCGAUUUGGAAGACCGACUUCAAAGCCGUUCCAAGAGACGGAACCAGUGGAAGAACAGAAUGACACCGCUCCUGCUACGAGGACCGGCAGACAAUUCAGACGUGGUGGGAAUUAGUUUCUUGCCUUAUUGUUCCUUACCCAAACCCUUCCCAAGACUUUAAAAAUUCCUAUUCAUUAUCUGUUUCGUUUCCUAUAUGCGAAAACGCUACAUUAAACCAGCCCACAACUCCACAAGUCUAGGCUUACCUUUCUAGAAUCAUACACACUGUCAAAAUUAAACAUUUUGAAAUAAAUAAAAAUAUGUAAUUAAAGAAAUUAAUUUUUAAAGUUUUAAAAUUGUUUAGAACUAUCAAAUUGAAUUUAUGCCUUUUAUCUAUAUCGAAUGUAUUAAUACCCUUAUCCUUAUCCGAGGAUACUCAUUUAUGCCUACUGCAAUAUAGCAGUGAUAAUAUUACUGCCAUGUAUGGUCUGUGUAACCAAUAAGUUCCAAUAAAUUAGCGAUUUUAUAUACCUACUAUUUUGUAAAUUAUAUUUCUAAGUGUUUUUUAAAAUAAAUAAUUUAAAAUAA